UAUUCAUGUUUUAAAUCAUUUUUAUCUUAGUGAGAAAAUUUAGAAUCUUUAAAAAUGAAGUUGUUAUAAUAUUUUAUGUUACGUAAAUUUAUUAUCUUGGUAGUGUUACCUAAAUCUAUAAAUUUAUUUCCAAUUUUUAAUAUUAUCAAUUACUACUAGAAAGUUGAUUGAAAUGGAUCCAAAUGUACCGAACCAUUGUCCUGGUACAAAUAGUUCAUCAGCUGGUCAAGUAUCUGCUUGUCAAGGGUGUCCAAAUCAAAAAAUUUGUGCCUCUGGAUUGACUCAGGCCCCUGAUCCAGCAUUGGAAGUAUUGAAGCAUCGGUUGUCAUCAGUAAAACAUAAAAUUCUAAUACUUUCUGGUAAAGGUGGUGUUGGAAAAAGUACGUUUACUUCUUUGUUAGCUCGAGUAUUAGCAUGUGAAAAUGAGCAGCAAAAUGUUGGUGUACUAGAUGUUGAUAUAUGUGGACCAUCUCUUCCAAUUGUAUUUGGAGUUCAAGAUGAAAAAGUACAUCAAAGUGGUUCAGGAUGGUCACCAGUGUUUGUUGAAGAAAACUUGUCUGUUAUGUCUGUGGGAUUUUUACUGGAUGAUAGAGAUGAUGCAGUUAUCUGGAGAGGUCCUAAGAAAAAUGCUAUGAUUAAGCAAUUUUUAACGGAAGUUGACUGGGGAGAAACAUUGGAUUAUUUAAUUGUGGAUACACCACCUGGAACAUCUGAUGAACAUCUUUCACUUGCUCAGUUUCUUAAAUCUACUGAAAACUUUUCAGCAAUUGUUGUGACUACACCACAAGAAGUUGCAUUGUUAGAUGUUCGAAAGGAAUUGGACUUUGCUAAAAAAGUUGGGUUACCAAUAUUAGGUGUUGUAGAAAAUAUGUCUGUGUUUGUUUGUCCUAAAUGUAAAGUUACAUCAGAAAUAUUUCCAAAAAAUACUGGUGGAGCUGCUCAAAUGUCUCUUGAAAUGAAUGUACCAUUUCUUGGAUCAGUUCCUUUAGAUCCUUCGUUAGGCAAAUGUUGUGAUGAAGGUAUUAAUUUUCUACAAAGAUAUUCAAAAUCUCCAACAAUUAUGGCUAUAAAACAUAUUGUAGAAAAUGUGAAGAGAAGCUUAAAGCAGGUUGAACCAAUGGUAUUUUAAACCACUUUUUUAGUAUGAUAUACUAAACAAAUAUAAAAGGAUAAUAAUACUUAUAAUUUAUAAUAUUAUAUACUUAUAAUUACUAGCUCAUUUUAUGUACAA